AUGGUUCUUGGCAGGAUAAAGAAGAUGCUAUCGAAUGUAAAAAAGAAGGAACUGUCUGGGGAUUUAUACUGUGGGAGGGAGCACCUAAUGAGUGGGUGCGAGAUAUCCGUGUCGGAGUCGGAGCUUUCAUUUGUAUCCAAGAAAAGUAAGAUGCAAUUCAAGCUUAGCGAGAUUAUGUCAGUUGGGCAUGACAACAAAGCCUUAUGGUUUAUUCAUGGGCAAAGGAAGUACCUCUUUACGAGCAGUGAAAGUCUAGAUGCUCUCUACAAGGGCAUAGUACCUCUCAUAAAGAAAGUCAAAACUCUUUAUAGAAAAAAAGCGGUGUACUCAAGAUAUAACACAGUUUCAGGAAGAUUUGAAGAAGCUGAAGGGCAGGUUGAAGUGUUUAUUGUCGAGGAUGAGGUAUUUCUGAUCAGGAUAGAGACAAGAGAAGAUGUUAUACAUUUCGAAGAGAUAAGAACGGAGACGCAGUACUAUAUGGACCAGAAAAACGCAACAUUUGUAUGGUCUGUGAUGGAGAACGGGGUUUUCCACACGUUUUCAUUGAAGUUCACAGACAAUGUUGACUUCCUUGAGUUUCUCAGCAAGUACAUUGGAUGUCUCUAUAGAAAUGUUAACCACGAGAGGAAGGGAGACGAGGAAGCAGAAAAAUAUUUUGAAAAGAUGGAGAUGGAAAACUACAAUCCUGACGUGUCUGAGGAUUCCGAAGAGGCUGAAGAGUAUGCGAGCUGCGAUGACGAUGAGCUUGAAAACCAUUUUGGAGAGGCAGACGAGAAGAACAAGCAUCUUGUUGUGGGAGAUGAGAUGGCCUUUAUCACAAGAGGAAGAUCUGUGGGGGUGUUCAAGAACACGAAUGAUGGCUUGGAAUUCAAGGCAAACAUCAAGGAUGUGCUGGAUGACGAUGUGGAAAAGAUAAUCACGCAUGACAACUGCUCCUCAUUAAUUUACUUAGACAAGAGCGAAAGAGAUAAGUUACACAAGCUUGAUGUGGAGAGAGGAGAGGUUAUCGAGACAUGGGAUGUUCAAAGAAAUGUCAACGACUACUUUGAUUCACAAAAACUGGUUGACACCGGGUCUCUUAUUGGGCUCUCUGAUUACUCCGUGUUUAGAAUUGACCCGAGAGCAAAGGUUAAGGUUGUUGAGUCGAAAGAUUACAAAACAAAAAACAGCUUUAACUGUGGAAUGGCUACAAGCUCUGGACAUGUUGUCACAGCGGGGAAGGGGGGAGAUUUGAGGCUUUAUGACAAGAUCGACAAAAGAGCGAAGUCCCUUCUUCCGGGAUUUGGGGAUGAAAUCAAGUACAUAGAUGUCACAAGCAAUGGCAAGCAUAUUAUCUGCACGUGCAAAAACUACCUAAUGCUGACAACUGUACCAGGAGACUACAAGCAGCCUGUCGGAAAGAAUAAGCCAGUUCCAAAAAGACUCCAGUUGAAGCCCGAGCAUUUGGCAUACAUCAAUGAGGAAAUAGACUUUACGCCUGCAAAAUUCAGCACCGACGCAUCAGAGAGCAGCAUAAUAACAAGCACGGGGAGCUAUGUGGUUAAAUGGAAUCUGGACGACGUACUCAAUGGGAGGCUGUAUUCAUACCAGCUCGCCAAAUGUAGUGACCUAGUUGUUGCAGACAACUUUGAGUUUGGAGAAGAUAGCAAUGUCAUUGUGACCAUGCCUGAUGACAUAAGAAAAGUCAAUGUUCGCAAUCUUAAGAAGCCUGGAAGGAAGAUGUGGGGAUGA